AUGCAUCGAGCGGCGUCGCUCGUCCCAAAGAUCCUUCUGGGAAUACUUUCCCUCUGUAUUUUCUAUCAAGUUUACUGGUUAGAGCCAGAACCAGUUGCGUUGCAGCAGAGUGACAUUUCCAAAUCAACAUGGUUCCAAGAUGCGCAAAAGCCACAAUCGCAAGACGUUCAGGGAUCUAAUAGUCCCACUCUAUCAGCAUCCGACGUAUUCAUUCCCUUACCACCCAGCUCAUCCACUCCUUCACUAUUUGUUACCUCCGCUCUUUUAGCCUCCAGUACCUCCGCUUCAUCAGCUUCCAGUACCCCCACUCCAUCGCUCGACUACAGCAAAACGCACAUCUCCUACGGCCACACACAAUGCAUGCCAGAUUUCGACAAGCACUGGAGGCAACAAGCAGUCAUACGCAAAGAAUCAUGCGCAAAGCAUGCACCCUUUGAAACCAAAGAGACCCGCCGAGUCGCCCUCUCCUCCAUCACGACCGGCAAAAAAGUAGAAGCCUACCAACGCGCAGUCCAAUCGCACAUGCUCCACGCCGCCGUCCACGACAUCUCUGCCCACAUCCUCUGCGAAGACCUUGCCGACGGCGCCUGGAACAAGAUCGCCUUCCUCCUCCACCUCGUCCAAAACGAGCUACUCAAGCCCAAGAAUAAGCGACUAGAAUGGAUCCUGUGGAUCGACCGCGACGCCAUAAUCAUUGACCCAUGCCGCCCGCUCUCCAGCUUCCUUCCCCCCGACACCCCGGAAUACGCAAACGUCAAUCUCAUCGUCAACCGCGACGCCGGCGACCUAAACGCCGGCCUAUUCCUCUUCAAAGUAAACGAAUGGUCCGCCAACCUCUUCAGCACCAUCCUCGGAUACCGCUACUACCGGCCAGACGACAAACUCCCAUCUGCAGAGCAAACAGCCAUGUCCCGCCUCAUCAGCGAGCCCGCCUGGGCCGGAAAAGUAGCCUGGGUCCCCUGGUACUGGUUCAACGCGUACCCGGCGCCCAACAACAGCAUUGUGGAUUUCGCCGCCGGCAACGAGCCCAAGAGUCUCAAGUGGUUUCAGGCGCGCAAGGGUCACUUCGUUGUGCACUUUGCGGGCGACGAUGGCAGAAGCGCGCGCAUGCUGGAAUGGGAAGAUGUCAUUGAGACCAUGGAUGUGUGGAGGGAGGGCACUGCAAAAGUGGAUGUCACGGCUGAGGUGAAGAGGUAUUGGGAUGCAUUUAGGAGUGGGGCGCUGAAGUUGUGGCAGAAGACGGGGGAUCCGAGGGAUAAGGAGAAGGAGGCUAAGGAGGAGGAGGCAAGGAAGAAGGAGGAGAUGAUGAGGGUGAAGGAGAUGGAGGAGGUGCAGGAGGCGAAGAAGGCGCUGGAGUUGGGGAUUGUAGAGGAGGCUACGGAGGUGCGGCAGGGGGAGCGGUUGGAGGUUGAUGAGACGGCGAAUCCGGGGGGCUUCAAGAGGCCGUAUGAGGAUGUUGCUGAUGGGAGCAACCAUGAUGACGGUCAGCUUCCCUAG